AUGACGACGCCUAUUAGACUCCCUUCUAACCUACCAUUUCCCGUUACCAUCGCCAAAUUAUGCGUUUCCACUGGAGAUUCAGUCAAAAAGGACCAAAGGCUGUUUGUUUACAAAUAUUGGGAGCUCCAGGAUGUGAUAACCGCACCUAACGAAGAAGCGAGUAAGAAAAAGCGCCGAGUAGAUCUGAUUGGAACGUUCGACUCGCCUAUCGAAGGCCAAAUAGUGGCGCUGAACGUAAGUUUGGGAGAUGAGUUUGUCAACGACAACGACGUGAUAGCUGAAGUAUGUCAGCCCUGUUCACACGAUGUGACUUACGGUGCUCUGUGCGUCGUAUGUGGAAAGGCGGUAGACGAAGAUGACCAGGACAUGCCUCACAACGGAUUUUCGAACAGCAAACUAACGAUGGCACACAACAACACCAACAUUAAAGUCUCAGAAAGACAGGCGGCAUCGAUUGAGAAGACAGCCCAAAAACAGCUUCGAGAACUAAAAAAACUUGUCCUAGUCGUCGAUCUCGACCAAACAGUAAUACACUGUGGCGUGGACCCAACUAUCAAAGAAUGGGCCAACGACCCUUCGAAUCCAAACUACGACGCUCUUAAAAAUGUCAAGUCAUUUUCACUCGAUGAAGAUCCUAUACUUCCGCCAUUUUACAUGGGCCCAAGACCUCCAGCACGUAAGUGUCAAUAUUAUGUUAAACUACGGCCUGGACUGCAAGAGUUUUUUGAAAAAGUGGCUCCACGUUUCGAGCUUCAUAUUUACACAAUGGCUACAAGAGCUUACGCACUAGAAAUUGCCAAAAUUAUCGAUCCAACAGGUGAACUUUUCGGUGACCGUAUCCUCUCGCGAGACGAAAAUGGUUCGUUGACACACAAGUCGCUCGAGAGGCUCUUUCCAAUGGACCAGUCUAUGGUUGUUAUUAUUGAUGACAGGGGAGAUGUCUGGAGCUGGUGCCCAAAUUUGAUCAAAGUAGUACCGUACGAUUUUUUCGUCGGUGUAGGCGACAUCAACUCUAACUUUCUGCCGAGACAACAGAAUUCGAUGCUUCACAUGGGUAGAAGACAUCGUAAAAAGGCGGAAGAAGAAGAACUUCUGACGGAUAUUAUGGACACGGAGAAAAAGCUGCAGGAAAAGAUAGACCAAGAGGUUAAAAAGCAAGAGGAGAAAUUCAAUAAGAUCACUGAAGAGCAUCAACCGGAGAGGCCAAUUUCAAAAGAAGAUUUGGCAAAGAAGUUGGAACACAAUGCGUCUCUUGAAGUUCAACAACAGAAUAGACCGCUGGCGGAGUUACAGAAGCACAUGCACAAUCAAAAGCUGUUGAUUGACGAUGACGACGAACUUCCACAUCUCUCUGACAUAUUACUGAAGGUUCAUACAGCAUACUACGAAAAACUAGCUGCGGGAGAUGAGGCGCCGGACAUUAAAACGUUAAUGCCCGCGAUGAAAGCGAAGGUACUUAAAGGGUGCUACUUCGUGUUUUCUGGUUUAAUCCCGUUGGGAACCAACGUACGACAAGCUGAUAUCGCAUUAUGGACUAGCAUGUUUGGAGCGGUGACUUCCGGGGACGUAAACGAACAUACCACCCAUAUUGUAACCAAAACACCAGGUACAUUUAAGGCACGCCUUGCAAAAGCUUAUAAUCCAAAUAUUAAAGUUGUUCAUCCAGAUUGGAUUUUCGAGUGUUUAGUGAAAUGGGAACGAGUUAAUGAGCAAGCGUACGAACUAAUUACGGAGCAGGAGGUCACACAGGAAGAGUUGGAAGAAUUCAAAGGAAAACUAGAACAGAAGAGAUUGGCAGAAAAAGCUAUUAGUGAGCGCGAGAAGCAGGCCACGAGCGACGAAGUUACACUUUUGGCUGGUAACGAUAUCUGGCUUGAUAACGACGACGAUGAAAUGGACGAGUUCUUGAAUGAAAAUGAUGACGACGACGAGAAUGAGGAUAACGGGGACGAGGAAGACGAAGACAAAGGCGAAGAACGCAAGGCAGAAGACGUCACGUCGACGAACGUACCCCAAUACUCAAGAGAGGCCUCACUCGAAACCGAGUCGAUGGAUAGAAAAAGAUCCUUAUCAUCUGAAGACGACAACUCUAACAAACGUCAACACCCAGCCACCGAAACUGCGGACGACGUACCUUCUCAAGACCGAGACACCGAAGACGAUGAUGAUCUAGAGGCCGAAUUGUUGCUAGAGUUGGAAGGCUGA